AACCCCGAGCAUGUAUAUAAGGGGGAAUGGACAGGCGUCUACCUUUAGUCUACAGCGGACUCAGGAAACAGCCCAUACUAUCCUCUACCAAAUAACUCAUCACCAUCAUGUGUGACGACGACGCUUGUGCCCUGGUUGUGGACAAUGGUUCCGGCAUGGUCAAGGCUGGCUUCGCCGGCGACGACGCUCCCCGCGCCGUAUUCCCCUCCAUCGUCGGCCGUCCUCGUCACCAGGGUGUGAUGGUCGGUAUGGGUCAGAAGGACGCCUACGUCGGUGAUGAGGCCCAGAGCAAGCGAGGUAUCCUGACUCUCAAGUACCCCAUCGAGCACGGCAUCAUCACCAACUGGGACGACAUGGAGAAGAUCUGGCAUCACUCCUUCUACAACGAACUGCGUGUUGCCCCUGAGGAGUCCCCCGUCCUCCUCACUGAGGCUCCCCUCAACCCCAAGGCCAACCGUGAGAAGAUGACCCAGAUCAUGUUUGAAACCUUCAGUGCUCCAGCCAUGUACGUGGCCAUCCAGGCCGUGCUGUCCCUUUACGCCUCUGGUCGUACCACAGGCAUCGUGCUGGACUCUGGUGAUGGCGUGUCUCACACUGUCCCCAUCUACGAAGGUUAUGCUCUUCCUCACGCCAUCCUGCGUCUUGACCUGGCUGGUCGUGACUUGACUGCCUACCUAAUGAAGAUUAUGACUGAGCGUGGCUACUCCUUCACCACUACAGCUGAAAGAGAAAUCGUUCGUGACAUCAAAGAAAAACUUUGCUAUGUAGCUCUCGAUUUUGAAAGUGAAAUGAACGUGGCUGCUGCCUCCUCCUCCCUUGAGAAGUCCUACGAGCUUCCCGACGGUCAGGUCAUCACCAUUGGUAACGAACGUUUCCGUGCUCCUGAGUCUCUGUUCCAGCCUUCCUUCCUGGGUAUGGAAUCUGUUGGCAUCCACGAGACCGUCUACAACUCCAUCAUGAGGUGCGACAUUGAUAUCAGAAAAGAUUUGUUCGCCAACAACGUCAUGUCUGGUGGUACCACCAUGUACCCUGGUAUUGCUGACCGCAUGCAGAAGGAAAUCACUGCUCUGGCUCCCUCCACCAUCAAGAUCAAGAUCAUUGCUCCUCCCGAGCGUAAGUACUCCGUCUGGAUCGGUGGCUCCAUCCUGGCCUCUCUGUCCACCUUCCAGGCCAUGUGGAUCACCAAGGAGGAGUACGACGAGUCCGGCCCCGGCAUUGUCCACCGCAAGUGCUUCUAAAGAACUAAAGUACAUUCAAAUAAUACACAUUCUGACGCUGUCCAUUGUAACAGUUUACCCCAUUAAAUAUUUUUGUUAAACUAAGGAAAUUAAGGAAGCCGGUACUCUGAAUUCUCGUGGAAUCCUAAGAAGCUACAAGUGUUUCCUUAUAAUGUAACAUGCCGAUACAAAUGCCUCAAAACUUUGCAAGAUUUCCUGAAAAACCACAACAAGUUUACCAUUGUAUUCACUUCUUCAUUUACAUUUCAAUGGUGACUCAGGAAAUGUGCAAUAGUUUUUCAUCGGAUCUCCCCCCAACACAUCUCCGUCUCUUUACCAUAAUCCUUUGUUUCAGUAUUUAUUAUUAUAUUUUCUAAAUACAAUUAUACUUUCUAUGAAUUUUA